AUGGAUAUUUCUGGGCAAUGUAUAAGCUCAAAUAUCAGCGAUGAGGAACGUCGUAUCCGUUUGAAGAAACAGUGCAUGAAUGCCUAUAGCCAUAUCCCAAUAGAGAUUGAUCUUUGUCAACCAAUUAAUGUUGAUGAUGAUGAUGAUGAUGAGCUUGUAGAGUUGAGCUUGUCAAGAAGCACAGCUGCUGAUAAGUUGAGAUUGAAUUAUGAUCAAAUUCAAAGCAUGAAGAAAGCUUUGAGUUCUCCUUUUUACCGGGUUAUUUUAGCUGCUGAUCAUCCAUCAGGCUUUGUUGACAGUUCUGUUAUUCAGGUUACUGGUCACAUUCUUGCGACUGUUUCGGGUGAUGAUGCUGUCCAGGGACUAAAUUUGCUUGUUGAUCUGUAUAACAAUGAGUGCUACGGUGGAAUUCUUGUUGAAGAUGCAGCCAAGUUGCUGUCUGAAGCCCUGAGGACUUAUCAAGGACGGGCUUUAGUUUGUAUCGUUUGGAUGGCAAGGGGUGAUCUCCGCAGGGGAAUGAAUUUCGCCACUGGAUCGGGUUAUCAAAUAGCGAAUCGCUAUGUGAUUGUCUCGUAUCGCUUGGAUAUGUCGGUCGAGCGAGCUGCAGGGGUUGGCAAACUUGCAAUUUGCAGGGCUGGAUACAGAACAAGUGGUGAAACUGGCGGUUUUGCCAGUGUUUACUUCAUUGGAGCUGCUGGUUGGAAGACGGCCUUUUAUAACUUGAACAUCGAAGACACUGUGCAAACUCAAUUCCCAUUUCCCUUCACGGUUUGA